AUGGACUCCAAUCUACUCGACAGUCUUCUUGACAUUGAAGAAGACUUCUAUAAAGAAGGUUAUGACCUGGGCGUCGCCGAUGGCGCUCAUGCCGGCUAUACCGAAGGCAGCGUCUUCGCCGUGGAGAAGGGCUUUGAGAAGUUUGUAGAGAUGGGCCGUCUCUAUGGGAAAUCCCUUGUCUGGGCUCAACGACUAGCAGACUCUAAGACCAAAGCUGAGACAUCCGAACAAAGCCCGACUACGCCAGUCAAGACCAAUGCCUUGUCUCUUGACCCAUCGAUAAGCAAAGAGCUGCCCCAAUUGCCUGCACACAGCGCACGACUCGCCAGAAACCUACAAACUCUCAUGGAAUUGGUUGAUCCGGCCUCGUUGGAUAUGAGCAAUACCGAGGAGGCCGUGAAUGAUGUGGAUGAGCGGUUGAGAGGUGCGGCCAUCAAAGCUAAGCUGAUUCAACGAGCUAUGGGCGAAAGCGAAGACGGUAUUGGAUCGAUUGCCAAAGAUGGAUCAAAGCCUGGAGAUGGCACUGGAAGCAUUGAGGAUAUCAGUGCAUUGAAUGUUCGUCACUGA